UAGUGUUUCUCAUAUGUGUAUCAUCAGUGUAAAGACUUAUCUUAAAUGAACAGCGCAUUUAUUCCUCAUGAUGAACGAUCACUGAUUUGAAUACUAAGGUGGAUAAUGGCGACCGAUUCAAAGACACGUAAUCUUAAGAAACUCCUGACAGAAAUCUUAGAGACUGAGAGGACCUAUGUAAAAAAUAUAGACAUUCUGGCAGUGCGGUAUUUAUGCCCUCUGUCGACGGAAACAUUUGUUACCACGAUGGAAAUCAAACAGCUAUCUGAGAGUCUACAGGAAAUAUUGCAGUUUCAGAGAGCUUUUCUCCAGAGCUUAGAAUCAGUGAUGGACAAACACAGUGAAGUGUAUACCUCAGAGGACGAAAGAAUAAUUAGGAGGGCUAUUUUUGCCGUUGGGGGCGUUUUCUUGUUUUAUGCUGAACAGUUCAAGAUCUACAGUUCUUUCUGUGCUCUGUACAGCAAGGUUCAGGACAUACUCAACGCAGAGGAAAAUGAGCCUUUACGUCACUUUCUUGACAACCAGAACAAGACAGGGGAACAUUCACAAAGCUUGGAGUCCUUCAUCAUUCUACCGAUUCAGAGAGUACUCAAGUAUCCACUGUUUUUGAAACAAAUGACUUCACUCAUUGCUGAAGGCUCAGACGAGAAUCAGCAUAUCUGCAAGGCUUGUGAAGAAAUGCAGUCCGUGGCCAAUCAUAUCAAUGAAAUGCAGAAGUUAUAUGUUGAGUUUGGUGAUUCCUUCCGAUGCCUCUCCUCGCAGGACCUUGGUGUACGAGACCUCUACGCAGAAAGACCCAGCUUGACCUACGCUGCAGAUAAUAUCCCUGUUAUUAAAUCUGGAUACUGUAUCAAAGAAGGAAACAAAAUGAAGAGUUGGAAAAGAAGAUAUUUCGUCUUGAAUGAGUAUGGACUGUUUUACUACGUUUCACAAGAAUCCACAGAACCUUUACGAUUCAUUCCCAGGGAUGAAAUGCAGCAUGUAAAAUCCAGCACAGUAAAUAAGCACACAGGCGGGCUUUACGGAAUGUUUGAGCUGUACACAGAGGAUCGAACUUUUUUCAUUGAGUGUGAAACUCCAGCCGAAGUUCAGCCGUGGAUCAAAGCUAUAAAAUCUCUACUACCCCGCACGCGACGGAAGACCACAGUUUUAAAUCAGAGAGACAGUGUAUUCUAUACCUCCUCCGGUUCGCUGUCCAACUUCAAGUCAGGCUACUGUAUAAAACAGGGUGGAAAGCGGAAGAACUGGUUGUCUCGAUAUUUUGUCGUGAAUGAGGACGGGAUACAAUAUUUCACUUCUGAUCAGUCAAUAGAAGCACUGAAAGUGAUUCCGAGUGCUGAUGUGCGAGGUGUUCAGGAAGUAUCAGGGUCCCAGUUUGGUCGUGAAAAUGUAUUUGAAAUUCAUACAUGUUGCAGAACAUUUUAUGUACAGUGUGAAACUCACGAAGAUCUCCGGGAAUGGGUAUCCGCCAUAAGAAGACUUCUACCUCAUCCCAAAAUACAACUUAAUGUUGGAGAUCUUUGUACUUACGGAGUAGUGAAUUGGUGCAAUAUCGGCGAAAUCAUCGGCAGAAAAUCUCAGGCAUGCAAAGUUAUCACCUCAUUGUUCGUUUUUCGCUCAGGUCUUGUUAUAAUCUGCAGACAAAAGAAAACCGAGGAAGAGAAGGCCAUUUGCCCCUGUUCAUCAGAAAUAUUCCGCACAGUAAUACCCGUCCAGGACAUGGUACUUGAUGUCAUCACAGGAAAAAGCGGGGCUCUGUACCAAUGGAACAUAACACAGUCACCCAUUGACACUCUACCACAACGUACUUAUAAAUUUUGCAGCAGUUCUGCAGAGGAAAAGUCCAGAUUUGUCACCGCCAUUCGUGGAACUACACGACCUAAAGUAAAACAACCAAACACACCUUUCACAGAAAACCAAAUCAAAAACUUUCCUCCAAAGCUUGAGUGUAUUACGAGGAAGCUCAGGACUAUCCGGGAUAAAAAUCCACGAGGAGGUUCUGAAGUCCAAUCAGAUUGAUGAAGAAUUUCAAGGACAUAUCUAAAAUUACUCAGUGUUUCAGUAUUUU